GCGGAAAAGUUUUGCCAACUUUGUUGAGGGGUUCUAUUUGCAAAUACCUCCCUCUUCCCCCCCACAAAAAUCCAAAAACAUAACAAGUAUUUGGUUCUUUUACAGACAAAGUGUAGGCGCCGGAGAGGUGUGUGUCAGAUAUGCACUCAUUCACCAAUUGGACCAGUCGCCUUAUUGAUGUAUCAUAUUUUCAAAUAAUUACGCUCAUUCCCUAUUGCGCUCCCCGACAGUAAAAAUAAAACGUCAAUACAUUGAGAGAGGGUGAGGGGGGUGUCCCUUUUUGUAUGCAUGGGGAUUGGCAACACAACGGGCUUAUUUACAUUAAAUGCGCCACAAGGUUACAGUGCAGAUAGAUGAGCGUCAUUUUUAUCACUCAUUACUUCUCUUAAGCGGUGACUGGCGCUCAGGACGCGCAAGGGAGGCAACACUCAUUUAUCCUGGAGUUCUUUUAAGGCGAGGAGAGAAGAGGGGGAAACACUCGAAACAGUCCACUUGGAAAAAAAGGCUCUUGUCGGCCCACCUUCCGGCGCGCUGUCAACGCUCUUCCCAACAUCCGGCAUCCAUUGGAGCGGCGGCAGUCACACAGGACUGAUCUGUGCCGACCAGGAGUGGAGCUGAAGCUAAGGGCUAGCUUAACGAGGCGAAGCACACCGCCACGCUGUCCAAGAACUCCCCCCACCCACCAACUGAGAGGAGGAGUGCAAAGAGGCCUAGGGAGGUGUGAGGAGGACGUUGGAGUCUGUCUGACUGAGCUGAGCGGAAACCCUACAGGCCUUGGAGACCCGGUCCUGACACUCUGGCAUGCUCCUUAGGCCCCGAGGUGGCCAUUCCAGUAAGUAAGCAGUAGUCAGUCAGGAGUGACAGCGAGGGGCCUCUUGAUCCUAACAGACGGGUUGCACUCCAGUAUGCAGUUGGUGUGUUAAGGAUGGACGACUCUAGUUUGUGUCUUGGUGUAUCGUCGUCAGUGCCUGACGCUGAUGCCCAUCUGAGCAGUGCAGUAUUAAAUGGCCGCUACCCCAUCAGUCAAAAGCUUCACCAGCUUACUGCCCAGCUAGGACACGCCUUUCCUGACCUCCACCGCCCACAGCAGAUCCCUGAAGAGAAAGCAGCCACACCUUUGGACGAAAAAACCCACCACACAGCGCUGGCUAGUCAACCUAUCAGCAGUCAGAUGGCCCUGCUCGCCAAUCAGCUCAACCGGGACAUUGACGCUGGGGCACUAAGUGGCUUGAAUGGGCGUGUUGACCUGCAGCAGUUUCUCAACGGCCAGAAUCUCGGCAUUAUGUCACAGAUGAAUGAUAUAGAAGAUGACGCCCGCAAGAAUAGAAAGUAUCCUUGUCCACUGUGUGGCAAGCGCUUCCGUUUCAACAGCAUCCUGUCACUGCAUAUGCGCACGCACACAGGAGAGAAACCCUUCAAGUGCCCCUACUGUGACCACCGAGCGGCUCAAAAGGGCAACUUGAAGAUCCACCUCCGCACUCACAAGCUGGGGAAUCUCGGUAAAGGCCGUGGCCGCGUCAGAGAGGAGAACAGGCUGCUGCAUGAGCUGGAGGAGAGAGCCAUCCUUAGGGACAAGCAGAUGAGAGGGAGUGGCAGUCUCCUACAGACACCUCCAACACCCCAUUUGGGCCUCAAUAGCAGCCUGAACACCCAUCAGCAGCAACUAGGCUCAGCCUGUGGCCUCCUACUCCCCCCGUCUGGCCUCGCCACUCCAGACCCAAUUCCUCAAACCUCUUCUUCACCUAAGCCGGCUGGCACCCAGGAUGAACAGUCCUUGAACCCGACUACAGGCUUCCGCUGUACCUUCUGUAAAGGGAAGUUCAAGAAGCGCGAAGAGCUGGACCGUCACAUCCGCAUACUUCACAAACCCUACAAAUGUACACUUUGUGAGUUUGCUGCCUCCCAUGAAGAGGAUCUGAUAAGUCAUGUGGAGAAGGCCCACAUCACAGCCGAGAACACACAAGGCCAGGGUGCUGGUGGCGCUGGUGGGACACAGGUGGCCACUGAAUUCCGCUGUGAAGUGUGUGGCCAGGUGUUCAGCCAAGCUUGGUUCCUUAAGGGCCACAUGCGCAAGCACAAGGACUCUUUUGAACACUGCUGCCAAAUUUGUGGCCGACGCUUCAAGGAGCCAUGGUUCCUCAAGAACCAUAUGAAGGUGCAUCUCAACAAGUUGGCCAUCAAGAACAAGCCACAUCAGCCAAGUGAGCAGGACAUGGCUGCUGUGAAUAGCAUGAGCAAUCUAGCUCAGGAAGCCCAUGCCAACCUUUACUCACGCUACAUCUCCUGUCUUCAGGGAGGAUUCCUCUCACCAGACAAACAGGGCCUGAGUGAGCAGCAUCAAAUGUUGGCGAAAGCAGGGGUAGCCAUGAAGGAAAAGGAAAUGCUAGGGAAGCUGCUUGGGCCAAUGGCAGGAGGUAUGGGCCAUGGGCUAGCAGAAAAUGAGAAGCGCUCACUCCUGGGUUGUCUCAACCUUGUGCCCCCACUGAAGUCAAGCUGCAUGGAGCGCCUCCAAGCAGCUGCAAAAGUGGCAGAGAUGGACUCCCUCAAUAGCUAUCAAGCCUGGCAGAUAAUGGCCCGUGGUAUGGCUAUGGACAGGGCUUUCAUGCCUAAGGAACAGCACCAGCACAAUUUGCCCCCAGGGCAGGAAGAUGAGAUGGGUGGUGCUGGACCCUUGGCUUCCUUCACAAAGGAUAAACAAGACUACUUGGUUGCUUCCAUUGAUAGUUCCAAGCAGAAGCAGCUCUCGGAGGCCUUGCAAGGAUCCAAGGCCGCUGGCGGAGCCAUGAUGUCCAUGAAGGAGGAUGGAAGAGGCUUUGACAGUCACCGUGAUUUAAUGUCUGUCCACGGUAGUUCCGAGGCUCCUGGAGCCCUGGCUGGCUUGGGAAGCCCAAACAUCGACUACAACCUCUCUGUCCUGAAGGAAAAGCCUUCAGAAUGCCCAGACUGUGGCCGGGUUUUCAGGACCUACCAUCAAAUGGUCGUCCACUCCCGCAUUCAUGGCAAAGACAGGCGAGGCAUUGAAGAAGCCCUCCAGCAACAAGGUCUGGAUGAACGACGUGGAUCAGCCAGUGACCCUGAGUCCCAGUCCAUCAGCCGCUCCACCACACCUGGUUCAUCCAAUGUGACAGAAGAAAGUGGAGCCGGAGGAGGACACUCCCAGACCGGAAGCGUCCAGGAUGACAGCCCACAUCCCUCCUCACCAUCUUCAGAUGUCGGGGAGGACUCAGGGAAGGCUGCGGGGAGCGUUCAGCCGUCGCUGUCCCAGCAUCGUGAACGGAGCCUGGGCUCGUCCUCCAAAGACUGCCCUUACUGCGGCAAGUCCUUCCGCACCUCCCACCACCUGAAAGUACACCUACGGAUACACACAGGAGAGAAACCCUACCGUUGUCCUCAUUGUGACUAUGCUGGAACCCAGUCCGCCAGUCUGAAGUACCACCUGGAGCGCCACCACCGCGAGCGUCAAAAUGGCUCAACUGCCUCAGGCCCAUCUUCUUGCCACAUCACUUCUUCUGACCACAAAGAGGAUCAUGGGAAGACAACCAGCGGUGGCAUCUUUGCCCGACCAGAUGUCCUCCGUAAUGUCUUCAAGAGCAUGCCUUCAAACUUAGACUUCAGGGCAGGUCCAAUGCUGCCACAUCAGUGGGCAUCGUCUGGCAUGAUGUCUCCGCAUGACCGGGAUCGUGAGCGUGGAGACCGUCGCUUUGACUCUAACUCUUCAGCUGAGAACAUGAAGACUGCUGAUGGCCAAUCCGGACUUGUCUCAACGGGGCCAGAUAGCUUCUCCGACCUAAGCAGGGCUUACCAAAGCAUGAUGGGAAACGGGGUCCACUUCCAAGGUUCUCUCCAAGCCUUCAUGGACAGCUUUGUCCUCAGAUCCAUGAAGAAAGAUAUGAAGGACAACCAGAGUUCAGUCCAGCUCCAGGCCCAGGGCUACCAUGACAAUGGCGAGCCUAAAGCAAAGCGGGUUGUUUCCGCUGAUGAGGAAAGAGAAGACAAGGCUGAAGCCAAACAGAACUCACAGCCUGGUAAACCUGGAUCACAGUAUGAACCCCUUGAUCUGUCUGUGUCAGUCCGGCCCGAGUCUGCAUCUGGGUCCCUCCCUGGCUCUUCAGUUACCAUCCAUGAUAAUGUGGCGUGGCAUGGCUGCCUCUUCUGCUCCUUCUCCACCUCCUCAUUCGAGCUCAUGGCUCUGCACCUCCAGGCCAACCACCUGGGAAAGGCCCAACAGCAACGGUCCGAUGCAGGCAAGGAGCUUCAUGGAGAGAGCUCUCCAACCACCUCCACCAUUCACCCGUCUAACAACAAGACCUCUAGUGUGGCCCUUGACAAAGACGGAGAAAGAAAUGGAGACAAAAAUCAGGGAGGCUGGAACGACCACAUUGAUCAGCCCUACAAUCCCUUUCAGAGUGACUUUUACAGGCGGUUUGGUGGCUUGUAUGAUGGAUCCCAGAGGGUCAACCAGAGCCUGCAAGCAUAUUUAGGCCCUGCUGAUCAAAGUAUGGACCUACCCACACAGGCCUUUGGUGGAAUACCUUCAGCUGGUGGUGACCAGAUCGGUGAUAGGGGCUCCCGUGGAGAUACCGAAGAGGACCAGGUUGGAUCAGAUGAUGAGGUUGCAAAGGCUGGGGGGUGCAGUACCAGUGACACCCCCUCAACUACUCCCAAGAGAAAGCAGCAACAGACUCACUCCGAUGAAGAGGAUGAAGAGGGAGGAGUGGCUGAAGACGAGGAGGAACAAGAUGAGGAUGGCCAAAUGGACAUGGAGAGAGAGGGAGACGGAAGUCCGACUUUACAGCUCUUCCAGAACCACUCCUCUUUGCCCCCAAGUGGUGGAGGUGGUUUGGCCGCAUCUUCUUCUGCCAUGACACCACAUUCUCUGGUUUCCAAAGCAAAGAACCAAGGUUUGCCACUGGAGAAGCAGUGGCAGCAAGGCCUGGCCCUCCUGUCUCCUGGAGGCCCCCCAGGAAUGUUGAAGACUGAGCAUCACACCCACCUUGAGCAGCAAAUGAACAUGCUCUCUGUCCUCAGAGCCUACAGCAAUGACAACCUCCCUGCAUUCAACGGUCUGGGAGGGGGAGCACCCACAGGGGGCAUGAAGAGGCCAGAUGCACCUGGCCAGAGACCAUUCAGGUGCAGUUACUGCCCCUACAGCGCCUCCCAAAAGGGCAACCUGAAGACGCACGUGCUGUGCGUGCACCGUAUGCCCUUCGACAACACUCAGUACCCGGACCGGCGCUUCAAGCGCUCCCGUCUAGAGUCCGACAUCCCGGAGAAGAGCUCCGGCGAAACCAUUGGCUGCGAAUUAACCGAUGAUGCACGGGAGCUGUGGAAGUGACGUGAUGUGGUUUUCAGGGAAGGCCGAGUCCCACCAUGAGUAAAACCACCAGGAUGCACGUUGUAGUUCCACAAACCUUGACUGAUCAACAGCAAGACAAUGAGCUCCACAAACGUGAAGUAAACAUACACAUAUUGUAAGUCUGUGAACAUUAACUAAGCACAUAUAAUACCGUAUUUGUGGUGAGGUAAUUCAGCGUUUUUAUUUAAUUUAACAAAGUACAGGGGAUUAUGCGUAAAAAAACGUCAAAGGAGGAAGAGUUACAAAACGUGAAUGAAAUUGUGGAUUCAGGCAAAUCCCGAAGGAAGCCGCUGUAAAGCAGGAGAGAAGAUGAUGAAAAUCAUCAGAGCUUUUCUCCAUAAAUAAUGCUUUUAUCAGGAAAAUUAUCCAUGAAAACGAUUGAGCAAAACAGUUACUUGUGGGAGGAUGGACGGGGUGGUGAAGGAAGGGAGGGAUUUUGAAUGCAAAACACCACCUCAGCGUCCCAAGAAAAUAACACCAGUGGCUGCCAUUUUCCCAGUGUGAGUGAUGGGCCCCGAAUGUGUGUCUGUGUGUUGUAAGGUCCGUGGUAGCCAUGAUGGCGUGUGUGUGAGGGAUAGAGGGUAAAGGAAGGAGGGGGGGGGGUGCAUUGGUGCCAGUCUGACUGGAGCUGUCAUCACAGAGGAAAUCAAUUCAACGCGCACACACUUAGAGUCCUACAGUGGUAACCCAACUCCGGAUGGCAUCCAGGGGGUUCAGGUUGAGUCCCAUCAGCUGACCAGAGUCACCUCCUCACCUCCUCCAUCCUCCCCUUUGCUCUCACUCUCUCUAUUAUGAGCCCAGUCCGUUAGAAUGACCCGGGAAGUUCAAGGCAGAUCAAUCAGUAGCGCAUUUAAAGCAUCCAUUAGCCUACGCUAUGGCUUGCUCUGCUCUGGUUUUUGCAUUUCAAUGUCCAGAAGUUUCCUUACUGGCUCCACAUCAAGGAUGACGGAGAGUUUCAGCCAAUUGUGUUAUAGCUUGGGCCGAUUGUUUUAGAUAAAUGACGAGAACUUUGGCAGGUACCUAAGCAAUGUAGAGCAUGAGUAGUGUUUUAUGCUGAUAUGCGAAUUAAUCCUGGGUGAGGGGGUCAACAAAAAACGUGCCUUGAACUCAUAAAAUCAAGCUAGCUUUAAGGGCAAAAGACAAAAUAUCAGCGUUGAUUGUACUUAGUUGUGCCGCGAGCUCAUGGUGUAAUAGCGGACGAGGGGAAAUGUACUUAAAUUGUGCGGUGUCACUAUUGGUGGUAGCGGGUUUGGUGCUGGGAGGCGUGUGUGUUAAUGUUUCUUCUGAUAAAGAGAAAUGAUCCGGACUUUAAGAAAGUCAAUUACUUACCACACUCACACAGGCAGGAGGGAGGGCUAAAAACCUGGGGCCUGAGCUCUUCCUAAAGCAGUUUACAGUAAAACACAAUGCACAAUGCACACAAGAUCAAUGACAGGGUGAGAAAUACAAUCCUCCUGCACACAUGCAGAGAUUGACGGGUAAGCUGAGAGAUACAGAAGAGGGGAAGUGUAGAAGGGAAAAGGAAAGAAAGAGAAAGAAAAGGGAGAAAUGCAAUUCUGGUUCUGAUAGGGUCGCUACAAUUUGAAAAGAUUUUUGCCAUACGGAAAAACACUGUAUUUGCCGUACAUUAAAUACCAAAUUUGACUUGCUACACUUUUCUUUUUUUGUAGUCAACGAGACAGUGAAGUGGUAUAGGGUCUGUAGAUUGUGACUUUUGUGACUGUAUAGCUUGCUUUUCUGGAUGUGUGCAAUGCACGAACUAAACAUUUACGUAUAUCAGAAUUCUUUUUUUUUUCCAAGAAAGUCCACAUUCCAUUUUUUUUCGGGCAACCUGGCUUUUGCACCUAACAAAAUAAACCAUGUGGAUCGGCACUGUUUCACCAUCUUGCUCAGAUGAGUCAACUACUUUUUGUUUCGACACUGGAAAGCGCCAUUUGUUGUGAUUCCUCCCAGACUUGUAUUCUGUGUCCAUCCUUGAGUGUGAUGCGCUCCCCCUUUCCUGCCGCUGUAAUCCCCAAAUAAUCCAUUCCAUUGUCCCCAUGCUGUUUGAUCUCAGUCAAGCUUCCCACUGGAGUAGCACAUGCAGUUUGCUCAAUUAUAAUCACUGGUGCAAAGGGAAGAGGAAAAAGAAAGAAAGAACCAUGGUCAUUAAUUUCAGCCUGCAGUAGAUUCUGUUGUAUGCAAUCCUUUAGUCCAAAUACUGACCACAUUCCUAAAGGAAUUAGAUUCAUAUGGCUGAUGGGAGAAGUGACGAGCGGUUUUGUUGCACAUAGCUUCACGUUAGAUAAGUUUGUAUUUAAAAGAAAAAACAUCCUUUCUCAUUAUUUAUUACUGCACAUCUGUUGAAAACAUAUCAAACAUGGACUGUUUACUCUUUCUAUGGUCUAGACAUUCUGAUGUACUUUUAAAGCAGGAAGAUUGAUGUUUGUUUUUUUCCUGCAAUAAAAUAUCUCUGGCAAACAC